AUGGCAUUAGUAUUCAAGGCCACCGGAAGGAAUUCUGGCCGACCUCAGGCAUCCUCUUCCCCGUCUGCCAGCGCGAAGAAAGGCCGUUCCCCGCACGGCACCCCCGAGCAAUCCCCUGGCGGUGAAGCGCCUGAGUCUGCCCAGGCGACGAGUCAUCUCCGUUCCGCCGGCGCCACCGCCACGCCCGCGUUCUCCCCUCACAUGAAGCGCACUCCGUCCUCGCUGUCGGGCUCGCCGUUAGCGCCAAAGUAUGGCGGCGGAGCGUCGCCUACUUUGCCGGCCGCCGCUGGAAGGGCCGGCAAUCCGUCAAGCGCAGCAGCACGGCGUGGAGGAGCUGCAGCUGGAGGCGGCGAUGGCGGCGUCCGCGGCUCCCCAUCGCCGUUCUCGCUGCGUCGACCCGCUCUGAGUGCAAGCGGUAGCGCGGGAGGUAGCGCAGGACGAGAUGCUGGUGUUUCCUCCGGUGCUGCUGCUGCUGCUGCUGCUGCUGGUGGUGGCUCCGAGAGGGACGGAAGUGGGACGACGGACAGCAGUGUGGGGAGUGGGAUACUUACCGCUGCUGAUCUCUUGGCAUAUCGCGCUGCAUCAGUCUCAACGCGCAAAGGAUCGCUGCAUGGCGGUCAGAGUCGCUCCGCGCACCGCCAGCGCCACGACGACCAAAGUGCGCACGAGCACGGGCCUCGACACCGCCAGAAGAAAUCCCUGGAUGACCGUGAAUCGCUUUCAUUCCGUCACGGUUUCCGUCAUGCCGCGGGGCUAGACGGGAGCCCCAGCAGCAAUCGCGUGGCGCAGCCUUCAAAAGGGGCAGCAGCCGCUAAGUCGGCCCACAGGCCCGCUGCCGUGGCGGCGGCGACGGAUGCCGCGUCGAGUGCUGGGUCGGUGGCUUCUGACUCGUCCGACGUCAGCACCCCAGCCUCUGAGUCAGCCUCGGCCAGUCGUCGCGGCGGCCAUGCGAGCCCGCGUGCGAAGCCGAUGGUCGCUCGUCAGAAGUCGUCGCAGUCGCCAUGGAGGUCGCCGUCCGCGUCGUUCCCCUCUCCCCCUGCUGCACCCGCUGCCGCCUCGUCCGCAGGCGCAAAGUCAAGAGGCGAGGUGGGCGCGUCGCCGUUGUCAGCAAGAGCGCCGCAACAAGAGGCAGCCCGCGCCAUGAUGCUGCGCCGAUCACGGAGCUUCUCCACGUUCUCGCGAGCCCCUAGCGCUGCGCCUGCUGCGACUGGUGCGAUUGCUGGAGCUAGUUCCGCGGCCGGCAGCAACAGUGACGCGCAUUCCGCAUGCAACAGCGCUGCUUCUGCGUGCGCCUCUGGCGAUAAACGGAGCGAGAGGGAUGGCGGGGGAGGAAGCACGAGCACGAGGAACAAGCUUCUUCGAAGCCAGAGCGCCGAGGGCAGCUGCGACGUGCGCGGCGGGAGUGCGGCGCUGUAUGGUCGGGCGGGAGCCGCGAGCAGCAAGAGCAGCAGAGUCAAGGGAGCCCGUUCGCGUUACGGUCAUCCUCAACACGCGCAACAGCACCAUCUCGACGCGCCGUCGUCGGCUGGCAGUGCAGCCUCUGCGCGGCGAGAUGGAGCGGUUUGGAGCGUGGUGGACCCGCAGUCGGGGCUGGACGCGGAUUGGGGCUCGCUGGGAGGGUUUGCGGCCACGGGUGAUGCUCCCCGCACCGAUUCUCGGGCUGCUGCUUCUGCUCGCACAGCUCGUACCGCUCGUGUGGGUUCUGGUGCGAGUGAGCGCAGCGGCUCCACGCCUACUGGAAGCCGCCCCGCGCUUUCGAGGUCGCGAUCGGGAUUGAGUACGGGGGUGUUUCGCCGACUGUCGUUCUCGUGCGAGGGCGACGAGGCGACUGGCGAGAAGUGCGGGCUGGUCGCCGAGAGACACAGUGAGGAGGAGCAGGAGGGGGAAGGAGGGGAGGGGCAGGGUACGGGAAGAGUCAUCGCGAGGACGACUGCACUUGCUGCUUCGGAUUAUGAUGGGCUUUACGGGACGGGAAGGGUGGCGCGAGGCGGCAUGGCGUCGCGUGGGCUGGACUGCCAGUGGUGGGACAAGAUCCGAGACGAGCUCGACGCACUGCGCGCGUUGGUGGAGGAAUCCGCGAGCACUGCGGCCCGCUCGCACCCUGCUGCCACCACUGCUGCCGCUCCUCCACAAGCAUCGCCUAGGCAGGGUCGCCAGUCCCUGCGCCUACGUCGAGGCAUGUUGGUAGUACCAAGCACGAAGGAGGGGGGCGGGCAAGCACCAGCACUGCUUGCUGCUGAUGCUGGCGGUGGUGCGGCGCUUGAGUGGCUGGGGCGUGCGAGGCGCGAACUGGAGAGCAUGGUUGGAGGGCGAGGUGGGAGACGUGGCGUGGACUGUGGUGAUGGGGAACAUGCGCAGCGUGAUGGAACGCUACAAGGAUUGAAGUCGCAGGAGCGUUGCGUCGCCAGCAGCAGUGAUACGUCAGACGACUCCUCUUCCACCAGUGCCAACAGCUCAUUUGGUGGAACCACCGACACUGCAGUGACGGAUAAUGACGCUAACACCCUUGGUGAAGCAGGGGAGCUCGGCGAAUGUUCAGAGGCCGACAUUUUUAGUCUCCUUGCGACACAGUCGAAUCAGUUCAUCCGUCUGCCGGCCUUCUCCUGGGACGCCCUUGCUGAAGGGCCCUCUGCAGAGACCGCAACAGGGGCGGCAGCAGGCGAGACAAAGGAAGGAGCGGUGGAAGCAUCAGAAGGUGCGGCACGCGGCAGUGAGUCAGUGGACGUCGCCAGCUUACAGCAGGCCACACUCUCUGUGAGGAGCAUUUCAGCACACACCGCUCCACACGCCCACGCACACCUCCCUGCGCCUGCGCCUCCUGCUCUGCCUACCCCAGGGGUGCUGCCAUCGGCAGGGGGAUGGCUGGGCCGACCCAGAGGGAAGCCAAGCGGCGCUGGCUUGAUUGGUGCGAGGGCAGCGGGAGGAGGAGGGAAAAGAGCCGGGGAGGUGGUUCUUUUAGGGAGGGGGAAAGAGGAGCACUUGCAGAACCAUAUGGUGGUGAGUGAUUUGCUCAUUCGACGUUUCGCCCUUGGACUCUCAACGUUCCUCGUCCUUGCUGCUUGUAGGGAUUAUCCAAUCAUGGUUGGGGUUUCAUUUAUGUUGCGUGCUCUAUCCUCACCACCUACUCUCCUCCCACAUUCCCUCUCCUUCUCUGUAUCUCCCAUGUCCCGUCGCUUCGCUGCUACGAACAAUGAGCAGCGGUUCUGGGCGCGGGAGAGGGGGUACCUACACAUGCUGGGCCUGCCAUCCUCGCACCAAGGCGCUGCCAUGGGGCAUGCACAAGGCGUCAGUUUCACCAAUGAGCCUGACGAAGGCGUGGACGAGAGGCAAGCUGAUGGCUCUUUUGAGACUCAAUGCUUGGGAUUGAGCACUCACGGCCGUUCUGCGCCUCUGACCUGUGCUGUGGCGGGUGCGGGUGCUGCUUCUGAUGUCGCUUCGCAUGCUAGCCGCCCAUGCCAGGGUGCUUCCAUUCCCACUCCCAUGAGUGCAUCUCAGCGCUCCGGCUUAUCCUCUACCACCGUCCUCCCUCCUGCACCUCCUCCUCCGCGUCCCCCGAACUAUCUUCAACUUCAGCAGCAGCAUCGCAUGCCCUCUCGUGCCACCUCACGCCCUCCUGGCCUCUGCCCGUCUGCUGGGACCUCCCUGCUGCACCCAGCACUGCGCCACUCCAGGCUGGCAGGUGCUAGCCGUGUGCAGGGAGAGACUGCUGCUGCUGAUGCUGCUGUGGGGAAGAAUGCUGCUGAUGGUUUUCCUUCAACAGCAAGAGCAGCAGCAGGCGAAAUCCCUGCCCUGCACACCACGGUGGCAACACAGGGGGAUUGUGAGCAUGUGGGGAAGAGGAGGGACGAUGGGAGAGAAAAUGGGAGGGGCAUGGAGAGAUUGUGGGGGCAAGAAAGGGAGUGGGACAGGGUGAGCGAUAUGCGGGACCUGAAGCUGUAUGCUCCUCGUUUUAACCCCCUCUUUGAACCCAAUGGAAACUCAUGGGAGGGUGGCGAGAGCAGAAGUGAGCGCAGCACAAGAGAUGGUGUCAGGGAUGUGGGGGUAUGGCCAGAGCAGCAACAGGGGCGAGAGCAGGCACAGUUGAUGCGGAGGCACAAGAAGACAAGGGGCGUACUGGUAAAGAGGGGAGGUGACGCUGUGGAGGGUACAAAGGCCGAGGCCGGGCGUGCACAGGUGCAUGAUUGUGGAGUUGCUGUGAGCAGCUCGUGUGCUGAUGGUGAUGCUGCUCAUACUUGUAUUGUGGUGGACACACAGGAGGGUGGGUUGGUGGAGGACACGGGGAGCGAGGAAGAGAGUGUGGAUGCAGAGCGCAGUGCAGGGGAGGGCACGAGGCAGGAGGGCGGGGAAGGCGAGGUGCAGUUGGCAGCAGGUGACGGCAGUGGUGGCAGUGCAGGUGUGGGUGAUGGCGCUGUGGAGGACGUGCCCUGGCAGCAGCAGCAGGUGCAGGGGCAGCUUGGGGGUGAGGUGGAGGCGGCCCUUGCAGCGCGGGGCAGUGCGGUGGAAGGCAUGCACGGCGGUGAUGGCAGCAGCGAGGGACGCGGUGAGGAAGAGGCGCUGGGGUUGACGAGCAGGGGGAGUGAGGUGGUGCUGUUGGGGAGUGGAGAGGGAGGGGAUGGUUGGGGUGGUGGAGGGAGCAGGGGGGACGGCGACAUGUGGGGGGAUACGAUGCUUGGUAGCAGGGUGCAGCGAGGGAUGGGUCAUGGCAGUGGUGGUGGGAGCGGUGGGAGUUUCAUGGGUGGAUACGAGGCCAGUGGAAUCGUGUUCUUCUUCCUGCCCAUUCCCUAUUCUUCCCUCCCUAUUUUGACUUCGUCCUUUCCAACCAACCUUCCCUCUCCCCCGUUCCUCCUCCAACUGCUGCACCUCAAGCUGCUGGCGCAUGUGCGGGUGCCCUUGUCCGCGCUGCACGUGGUGCUGCUAGUGGCGCGCCCGUCCCUCCUGGCGCGCUGCCUCACUGCCCUCGCAGGGAUCAUCUGGGGGCCACGACCCUGGCGCUUGGGGGCACGCGAGGAUGGCGGGCGAGGGGAGAGCGGAAGGGGGGUUGGGAGGGGGAGGGCGGAUGGACAUGGUGGCAGCAUGGAGGGGGAGGAAGGGGGGCGCAGGGGUCAACUGCUCCUGUCAAACGGUCCAAGCACGGCACCAGGCGCACAGGCGACUGAACAAGCGAAGGGGCGGAUUGAGGGAGACGAUGAGGGUGAGAGGGAGGGAGAGGCAGGGGGACACAGAAACGUGCAAGAGCAGGUGCCUCUUGCAGCAACUCCUCCUCCCAUCACACCCGUUGCUUCCUCACCCAUGCCAUGCCUCCCUGCACCUGCUGCCACCACACUCACACACCAACCCUGCAUAACUCUCGGUCCCCUUGCUGAAAAUCCCGCAUUGGCUGUGGGUGACCCUCUCAUGGCUGUUGCACGCAACCCACCGUCUCCACCACUUGUUAUCCCAACACCACCAUCUUCAUUCGCGCCGUUGGCAGCAGAAGCUGCAGCAGCACCAGCUACAUCAGCACCUCGUCCAUUGCAACACCACCCUGAGAUCGAACCAGUGAACGAGGAGGAGCAGCAGCAGCACGAGCAGCAGCCACACCGGAUACAUCUCCAGCGUUUCCCUCCAGGCGCCCCCUCUCUUCCAUCGCACGCAUGCCAUCCUCUCCCCCACCUGCCCAUCGUGCUGCCGGCAUCAGCAUGUGCGCCGCACGUGGGUCUGGCACAGCACCUGAGCGUGGUGGCGUGGGAGCGCGUGCUGGCGGCCGUGGCGGAGGGCAGGCGUGUGGACGCCGCUCUCUGGAUGACCUGCCAGGCGCUCCUUGCUGCCACCCUCGCUGCUGGCUCCGUUCUUCCCAUCCCAGUGGUAGCGCUCCAAGCUGUUGACGGAGAAGCACAUGGGGAGCACGUGGGGAACACGUGGGGAGCACCUGGGGACCACGUGGGGACCAUGCGGGGGAGCAAUGGGGAGAUUUGA